CAGAUAGCUGGUAGCUGGUAGUAGUACUAGUAGUGUCGCUGCUCCAGUCAGAGUCGUCCGGCUAUCCAGUGAAUCCCGUGAUCGGUAAAUGAUAGUUGUUUAGACCGGGGCCAGUAUAUUGUUUGGUGCUCUGGCUCUGUGGUUCUCUCUCUCUCUCUCUGUGUCAAUACAUACGUAUACCUCUUUUUUUAUAGGUAUCUGUAUCGAUAUUGAUAGCAAGUCAGCAGUAUAUAUAUAUAUACAUGUAGGCAGGGUACCUACUUAUUAGAUAAACCGGAGCAGUGAACGAAAUAUACAUAUACACACACACACAAUCACCAACGCAACGAAUUGCUGAUUCUGCACACGCGAAAGCAGCGUGGAGAUAUAAGUAUAUUAUAUUGUAUACGUACACAACUUGUCGUUGUAUGUCUCGGUCUGACUCUCUGUGCUCUGUCGUCUCUCGUCUUCUGCUCCCCUGACAUGUUUUAUAAUAUAUUAUACACUUGUAUUAAUGUGAGUGUCUGUGAUGUGUCUCUUUAAAAACGAUAGCAAUAACAUUCGCGACUCUCGCGAGUGACUAUAUAAAUAUACUGUAGAUACCUCGCGAGUUAUAUACUGCACACAAGCUCUUUUUCGGAGUUUAUUUUGGAGAGCAAAGGUUCAGGAUAUAUAGGCAUACCGGAACGUGCUCGCGUCAGCCAUCAUCACCCCCCAUAGGCCUCAUCGGCCGAUGGACGGAUAGUUUGUGUAUUGUAACGUACCGUGAAAAAGGGGAGUCGUGUGUGCUACAACAUUAUAUAGAUUUUAUAUAUAUAUAUAUCACUCGAUAUAUGACGUCAAAACAGAGACCGGAGUGUCCUGUUGAAGUAAUAACAACGACGAAGACGAAAAGGAAAGAUCAUUCAACCGGUUGUAGCAUUCCCAUUAUUUAUACAGUCGUUGCUCAUGCUAUGUCGUUAUCAUCCCAUUAUUUAUGCAGUGCGACUGCUCGCAUUUCCGCAGCUGCAAUCAUUGAUGCAACAGCUGUAUCAGCAGCAGAAGAAGCAGCAGUAGCAACAACAAGCAACAAGCUCGUGUUUUGACGUCCGCUCUCUGGGGGUUAUGCACUCACGUUCGCAGCAUCGUCGUCUGCGAGAGCCAGUCGCCAAGGAUUAUUUGUUACCUGUAGGUACUUCGAGGUGCAAAGCCAAAAUAGCCUCUUGAGACUUACGGCAUCGGCUACAUAGUCGUUCCUGUGAAAACUGCUCUUUUGAUCAAAGGAAGAGAAAAAGAAAAAAAACAAAAAAAAAACAAAAAAAAAAAACAAGAGGAUAUGGCUUCUGCAGACCCCACGAGUUCGCCCGAGGCUAGCAGCAGCAGCGAGAGUGCACUGCCUCUGCUACAGGAGCUCGCCGACCUACCCUGCACCUCCGUCCAACAACGACUCAACAGAUACUUUCAAAAUGCAACUGGUGCGAAGAUAUCCUUCCUGUCGCCGGUGCGUAAGGAGACCGAGGAAAUGGUCAUUCAAGUCGUGGGCGAAAAGAUACUCGAGCAGGAAUUGAGGUUUCCAGUAAGUCACUCACUUAUAACGAGCGAGGGCCUCCAGAAAGCCGUAUUAAGCGGCGAGUCGUGCAGGCAACGAGUCGCCGAUCUAGACCCAGACCUCGUGGCCACGCUCAGGCAGGUCGUGUCGCCGCUGCCGGAGGUCUACCUCUGUUUGCCGGUCCAGCACCCGAUAAAACGCCAAGUGGCCCUCGUCGUUUGCCUCGUCGGCUUCGUGGACGAGGCCAGCGCCGAGCUCGUCUGCACCAAAAUCGUCCAGGAGUGCUUCAGAUACUGCCUGAGUCUUUUGCUGAGCACACUUAGGUGCCAGGAGGAGACGAGGCUCAAGCUCCAGUGCCAAGAUUUAUUGGACGUCUCGAAGAAGCUCUUCACCCGGCUCGGCGACCUGACGGACCUGCUGCGCGAGAUAAUGACGGAAGCUCGCAAGCUCACGAAAGCAGAGCGCUGCUCGCUCUUUUUGCUCGAGGCCGAGCAGCAAGAGCUCGUGGCCAAGGUUUUCGACGGACUUCCGACCGAUGAAAUGCGGAUUUCACUUGGCCAGGGCAUCGCGGGCCACGUAGCGACGACCGGCAAGCUGCUCAAUAUUAGAAACGCGUACGAGCAUCCUCUGUUUUAUCGGGGCAUCGACGAGGCCACCGGCUUCAAGACGAGGAAUAUUCUCUGCUUCCCCAUUAGGGACGAGAACGGCAUCAUUGGUGUAGCCCAGUUGUGCAAUAAAAUAAAUGGCUUGUAUUUCGAUGUCUUUGAUGAAGAGGUGGCGAUGGCUUUCAGUAUUUAUUGCGGUAUAUCCAUAAUGCAUAGUAUUGUUUACAAAAAAAUCCAGGACGCUCAGGCCAGGAGUAAGCUCAGCAACGAGUUAAUGAUGUAUCACAUGCAGGUAGAAGAAGAGGACGUGCAAGCUCUGUUAAAUUGUGGGGAUGAUCAUAAUAUAAAAGAUUUCGAUAUGUUUCACUUUUGCCCACGCACCGUACCCUACAGACAUAUGCCCUGUUACGUGUUAAAAAUGUUUAACGAUUUGAAUAUCAUCCGGCGGUGGAAAAUCAGAAAAACUGUAUUAGCAAGAUUUAUACUUUACGUGAAGAAAGGUUACCGAGAUGCGCCUUACCAUAACUGGAUGCAUGCAUUUUCAGUGGCCCAUUUCGCUUACUUGCUCAUGAAAAAUCUAAAUCUUGUCAGAGACGGCUAUAUGACUUCACUGCAAGCUUUGGUCUUUCUCGUUUCUUGUUUAUGUCACGACAUUGACCACAGAGGCACUAACAACUCAUUUCAAACGAAAUGUGGAACCAUACUAGCCAGUCUUUACAGUUCUGAAGGAUCCGUCAUGGAAAGACAUCAUCUGGCUCAAUCCAUGUGCAUAUUGAAUACCGAAGGUUGCAAUAUUUUUGAGAAUCUCAGCAGCGACGAAUACAGCGAUGCACUUGAUUUGCUAAGAAACAAUAUCCUUGCUACGGAUCUUGCGUCCCAUUUCCGGAGCGUUGAAGAACAACGAGAAAUGACGAAAGCUGGUUACGACAAAAAUAAUCCGAAACACCAAAAGCUUUUGCACGCCAUGUUUAUGACAUCCUGCGAUCUCAAUGAUCAAACAAAAAAUUGGCGUGUUUCGAAGCAGACGGCGGAACAAAUAUACGACGAAUUUUUUUCACAAGGCGAUUUAGAGAAAAGUAUGGGCACAGCACCGAUUGAAAUGAUGGAUAGAGAACGAGCAUCCAUACCAGAUCUUCAAGUACAGUUUAUCACGAAUCUUGUAAUGCCGUUAUUUACGAACUUGGCAAAUCUAUUUCCCUCGAUGAAGUCGAUUGUGCAGAUAAUUGAGAGGAAUCGCGAAGUAUGGAGGAUGGCUACAACCGUAUUUCAAAAGUACAGUGAGAAGGGUAUGACUGGGAUGGAUAUUUUACUAAAUGCUCGCUUAGAGGAGGAAAUACUCUUGCAGUUCAAUAAUUCCGAUGAAAUACCAGCCAGUCGAUCUUCUAGUAAAAUAGACUUUGAUUUAGAAAGUACAAGUUUUGGUGUUUGAAAAAUCUUUUUUUUUUUUUCUCAAAGCAACCGAUUAUUGCAUUUUUUAUUUUUAGUUAUAAAGUUUAUUAAAAAAAAUUUCAUUUAAGAAAAAGUUGAACGGACAAUUGCGAUGAUAUGAGCCUUGCGACAGGGUUUUAUGUGCGUGUUAAUGCUACUCGGUGGAAAAUUAUUUCAGGACUGAACAAUUAAAAAUGAAGACUUUUAACUUUACCAAAUCGUUAAGGAAAUACCGCGAUUUUCGGUAAUGUGAAAAGCCAGCAUUUAAAAAUCCUGAAUUAACUUCUUUAAUUUUCCAAAAUUGAGAAAUUUAUUAUAUUUAUUGUUUUAACUAAGUUAAAGCAGAUAAAAAAAUAGAGGAUGCUGGCGUUCUCGAUUCAAUUCAAUUUAAUUGCGUACGAAAAUCGCUUAUAGAUAAAUAAGAUUGAAUAAUUUUCGUAUAUAACAAUAGCAGUUAUAAGUAAGAAAUCUUUACCGUUAAGGGAUUAGUUGGGAUUCUUGGGGCAAUGGAUAUUACACAUGUCAGUAUUCCAAAGCCAAAUUAAGUAAAUUUUAAUGUUCCUCUUUAAACGUUAAAGCCAAUUAGCCAUAAAAACAUACCGAUUCAAUUUCGCAAUGCCAUACAUGACUCACAGUAAUUAAAAGCAUUCAAACUUGAUCACCACUUUUCUUUUGUACUCAAUGAAAAAAGUGGAAUACAAAGUGCUCAUAAAGACUGGUGAUUCAAGAAAAGGAGUCAGUUAUAAAAAAAGUCACGCCCAUGAAACUUGCAUAUUGCCAAAGUUUAUUAAAAAUUAGGACAAUAGCUCUUUGAAAUCAGUUGAAAUUUUUUUUUUGUCCAGGAACAUUCCACUACUACAAACAUACAUCUGCCUUAAGUACAUUUAAUUUUGCGUGUGAAAGCAUUAAAGGUCAUUUUAUUUGAAAACACAUGCAUUGCGAUGAAAUUCAUGGUUCUGAAAUAUGAAAGUACUUUUUAUCUGUCAGAUUUCGAAUAUUCCUUGAAAAAAAGAAUCAAUAACUGUACAUACAAGUGUAUAAAUAGAACAUAGAUACUAGAGAAAAACAAAAAUGACCAGCCUAAAUGAAACGUUAGUUAUACUUAUAUAUUUACAAGUUUUAGACUUUUUAGUUGAAUAUUGAGGCAAUUACUUGUUAGUCUGCAUCAAAGAUGCAGUCGUUGUUGCACGAAACGUUAUUGUAAAACAUGUUUAAAGUUUGAUAUUGAUUGUCACAUUGAUUUGACUGGACAAAUUGCUUUAAAUGUGUAGUUGGCAUGGAAAUAUAAACUUUGUUGAAAAAUUUUAGGUGUCUAAAAUUUAAUUAGUUGAAGAGAAAAAAAAAUUUUGUUUGUGACGUGUUUCAUAAUGUAGUGUUGUGAAAACAUUAUUUUAUCGUGAAAUGAAAAAAUGAUUGAUUAAGCGAUACAUCUAGUCAGAAUAUCAAAAUAAUGUAAAUUCGUUGUUGGAAAGCUUAAACUGGUAAAAUCAGUUGGCAAUAAAAAUCUAUUUUCUUUGUUUUUAAUUUGGUAUAAAUUAAUUGUAUUUACAAAAAUUAGAAGACACUUUUAAUUGUGUAAUGUUUUAAUGAAUGUCAUACAUAAACAUAAUACUUUUAUCUAUUGAAUAUUUAAGUAGUUUUAGUAUAUAUGUCAUGUUUAAUUGUGGUUAAGAAAGAAGCAUUGUUUUUUUUUUUUUUUUUAAAGAAAACUACCGGAUUUUAUGAGAUGCAAAAUAAAAAAUGCGAUAAUUAUUACAGAAAACCAGCUUUUUAAUAGCUUGAAAUUCAAUACGUUGUAAAUAGAAAAUGAUUUAUACAAAAAGUUUUUUAAACACACCUAAUAAUUAUAUGCAUAUACAUGAAUGAAUAAAGUUCUUUGUAUUAAAAAAAUAUGUGAACUAUGAUAAAAGUUGAGAAAAAUUGAUUCGUAAUCAUACAAAUUGUAUACUUUGAUUACAAAUAAAAUAAUACUAUUUUAAAUUAAAA